AUGGAGUUCAAAGGAAAAAUUCUUCUCAUUAUUUUUGAAUUGGCUAUUUUCUUCCAUAGCUGUCGAGCCCAGCAAUGCGAUCCAAAGCCUUUGAUCAUAAGGCAUGAAGGCAAAAAGGCCUGCGUGUAUCUUGACACAAAAGGCAUCAAGACCAUUGGCGUAGGAUACAACAUGCAGAACAAGGACGCACCAGAGGUUUUUAAAGAGAUUGGAGCUGAUUACAAAAAGUUUGAAAACGGACCGGUGACCAAAUGGAAUGUUCCUUGUAACUGUUCGUCUGUUCCUUGCCUCACUGAAGAGCAAAUCGAAGAUCUGCUGAACAUCAGUUUGAAGACGGCAAUAGCAGAUGCCCGGAAGGUUAUCGCCACCUUCGACAGCCUUUGCUGUCCCGUUCAGAAUGUUAUGGUUGACAUGUCUUUCACUCUCGGUGGACCUGGUUUUGCUCAGUUCACCACGUUUGCAUACCUUGUAACGCGUCAGUAUUGGAAGGCAGCCGGAGAUGACCUGACGGUAUCGAAAUGGUGCAUGCAGCAGGCAACCUCCCGAUGCAUGGAAGACGCUGGUAUUGUUAGAGAGGGAUGUGGUUGCUCUGCACCGUACCCUCAACCUUGCGAUGCUCAAGGGUCAUCUUGCUGCGCAAGCGAAGCACAGCAGACCUGCUGCAAAGGUAAAACAAACUGCAGAAGUUAAGUAAAAUUAUCCUGCUACUUCCGGUUUACUCCAAGUCCAUUAUCAAGUUGUGGAAUUUAGAUUACCCUCUAACUCUUUAGUGCGUGGACAAAAUCUUUUAGUGUGACCAUUCAAAUGAAACCUCUUCACCAGUUCUUUGACAUGGUACUACUUAUUUAGUAUGUAGUACUAAAGUUUGAGUCUGUGGAUGAAAUCGUAUUGUGUGACCAUUAAAAUGAUGAGUGAUCCUCUACAGAUUUUAUUGCCAUCUGUUUUAAAAGCUAGAACCUGUCUUCACAUCAAUGGAAUUUCAAAAAUAAUGGUGCAGUUUUGUACUAUAUUUAAGCACUGGAACUGUUUCCUGUGUUCUGUUGCGACAGAUGGCAAGGAUGGCAAUGGAUUGAAACUUGCAAACGUUACAGCAACUUUUCAAGUUUCAAUGCCGGCUAUGCCCGCAAUAAUCACCAGAAAAUUAUUAUGGUUAUUGUUCCCCGAUAAAAUUUGUUUAAUGUAUUCUUCAUAACUCUACAGGAGCAUUUUGAGUAUGAGUAAAGGCACUGAGCAAUGAUUUUAGGGAUCAUUUUACGUUUCUGGCAAACUGCCCACCUACCCCUCCCCUAAGCCAACAUUAACUUCUCACUUCGGGCAAAAUGCUGGCCUAGGGGAGGGGUAGGUGGGCAGUUUCCCAGAAACGUAAAAUGAUCGAUUUUAAGACAGAAUUGACCUCAAACAGUAAUAGAGAGCUUUAAGAUCCUAAGACGGCGACGGCGGCGGAAACUUCGCUUAAAAAGUGAAAUCGCGUUUUUUCAAUCUUUAUCGCGAUUACUCCAACUCAUUUACUUUGUCAAAUGCAAGCGAACUCUUUUUGAGCGGAAUUCCUAAGAACCACAUUCAAGAUCAGAAAGAGAAAGAAAAUUUAGCCGUCGCCUGUUUACGUCCUCCAUAAAACGUGAAAUUAUGCAUUUUCCCGUCGUAAUAGUCGCACAGUGACGGCGAAGAAAUGAACAAAAAAGCGUGAUGCACGUGCAGAGUUGCUGUUUUGCCUUAUUCAACCUAUUGCUUUUUUCACGUUCUCGUUGUCGUCGCCGUCGUAGCAUCUUAAAGUCGCUCAUAUUCUCGUCACAUAGGCCCUUUAAAUGAAUCGCUGUAAAGAGGACUGGGUACCAAACUGGACUGAAAAUACGAAACAAGGGACGAAUGUGCGCAGGAGAGGAAGCUCACUUUCCCUCAUCCCAUUAAAAUCAUGGCUCUUUUACAGGCUGUUAUAGUCACAAAAAACGAAAUCUGCUUAUUCUAAGAAAUAAAAACUUCUUUCAUUUAUUUUUUUAAACAACCCUGCUUGUUUUUCUACAGGUACAUUGACAUUCAAGGGAAAGACGUUUGAUGAGAAACUGUGUUGCCCGUUUCCUCAAGCGAACUGCUGCGAGCACAACAAAUGCUGCAGGCAACAAUACAAAGUCUGCUGCCCACCCCCGCCAGCGGUGCCCACUUACUGCUGCCCAGCGGAUUACCCAGUGUGCAAGGACGGGCAAUGUUACAGGGCACGUGACGGUCACAUGGUCAGCGGAGAACCCGCUGUUGGAGGAUCCCCCUUAGAGUAAACAGACAUGUAGACUACGAGCA